GACGUGACAAUGAGUGCAGCGUAGAUGCGAGACCCAACUCUAUCUCUAUAUCAUGCGUGAAACGAUCACCCAGCGUUCUUCGGACUGAUCGCUAUGUGUGGAAAGGCUUCGCUCUGCGAUGAUGGGCAAUCAACCAUCUUCGCCAUCAGAACACAUUGGCAAGGUUGAUGGGCGCCCAGUAAGCUUCACCUACGCCGAGAACGAUGGAGUGAGAGAGCUUGCAUGGCGGGAGAUUGAGACCGAGGCGAAGGGUAAGAUAGCGAACCAAGACAUCAUUUCAGCCUUACCGGUUCACGCGCACUUGCCCAACGACUACACCGUGCUGUAUGUGAAGCCCAAUCCCGCCGCCAAGGACAAGGAUGCCUUGAGAACCUCGCCUGUAGUAUUUUGCUCACUUGUGCUCACCAAACCACCUCUCGCUUUUGUGCACGACCACCAGCCGCCUGGCGAGGCCUGCUGGCAGCUCCGACAGGACAAUGGCCAGCCACCCAACCUUCACAUUGUUGUCUCCACCGGGUCCGGCAUGGGGCAGGCCGAGAGCGUCUGGGAACUGCUGGUCAAGCCGAUGCUCCAUCACAUCUGUCCAACCGUUCACAACUAUAGCCUCCAUGUCACCACCUCAGAAUGGACCGUCACGGACUUGACACGGGACGUCUUCCUGGCGCAGGCCAAUCAACGCGUUUCACAAGCCAUCAUCUUGCUCAGCGGAGACGGCGGCCUGGUUGAUGUUGUUAAUGGACUGUAUCUGAAGGAUCAUACCCGCACUUACGUGAAGCCCAAUAUCGCUCUCUUGCCGCUUGGCACGGGCAACGCUAUGGCUCAUUCGAGCGGAAUCACGAAAGACAAUACUUUAGGUCUUAGGAACCUUCUGCAAGGCCACACUAAGGAGUUGCCGCUGUUCCGAGCAAGCUUCUCCCCAGCCGCUCGGCAGCUCGUUAACGAAGGCCGAGACGAGCGGGAGCUGCAGAUCAUGAACGGCACGCCCAUUGUGCACGGAGCCGUGGUCUGUUCGUGGGGACUUCACGCUACUUUGGUGGCCGACAGCGAUACGUACGAGUACCGUAAGUUCGGCGCCGAACGCUUUCAGAUGGCGGCUAAGGAAGCUCUGUUUCCGGCCGAUGGCUCGCCACCGCACGCGUACAGAGGAAAGGUGUCCGUGCUGCGUCCAUCGACGGGGAGGUCGCCCAUGUGGCAGCCACUUGAUAGUGAAGAGCACGCCUACGUCCUCGCUACGUUCGUCUCGCAUCUUGAAAAGGGCUUCACCAUUAGCCCAGCGGCCAAGCCGCUCGACGGAAAGCUGCGACUAGUGUAUUUCAGCACAAUGAGCGGGCAAGACGCUAUGGAAUUGAUGACUAAAGCCUACCAAGGCGGCAAGCAUGUCGAGGAUACGAAGUUGCAGUACGAAGAUAUAGACGGUCUGCGCAUAGAUUUCGACGAAGACGACGCGCGGUGGCGAAGGGUAUGCGUGGAUGGCAAAAUCAUUAGGAUAGAGAGAGGUGGGUGGAUGGAGGUCAGAGCAGGCGUGCAGCCGUGUGCCGACCUUAUCGUCAUGGGAUAAGAGCGAUGGUCCUGCCAAUUACCAAUACGUGAUAUGAUUCAACGGUUGCUACCUCCUCUAAUGGUGUAUACGGACAAUCCUAAAAUCUUCAACCGCAAGUCAAUGCCAACCCUCUUUCUCCUUUAAAAUCCA